GCUUGAGUACUUGAUUAACGGGCCCAUUUUAAAGAUUUUGCGUUUAAGAAUAACAAACAGAGAGUGGAGAGACGGUUUCGGUGCUUGAAAGGGUUGGCCUUUGCUUGCGGAUGAAGAAUCGGGUCAACCAUUCUCAUCCUUCCUCUCCAUCAAAACCCUAGUUUCCAUAUUAUAUCUCCAAUCUCAUUCUUAUAUAACACCAUUCCUUGAUCUCUCUCUCUCUCUCUCUCUCUCUCUCUCACUCAUCACCACCACCACCAUCAAGCCCUAGUUUCGUUUCUUUGAUCAUCGUAGAUCAUUCUUGUGCAGGUCGUCUUGAAUGGUAGAAACAACUCUGAUCACCCGAGAAUUUAUGCUCUCCCAUUGCACAACCGCAAGGGCGAGCUUUCUCCUCCGUUUCUCCGCCGCAUCUUCUUUCAAAUUUGGCUUCUCCAAGGAAGGCUGGUACUACCGCUGCAUCGGCGUUGACCCUUGAAAUCUCAUCACUGUUCUUUUUUAUUACCCUUUGCUGAUUUUGAAAAUUUGAUAAAGAUGUUGUACAACAACAAGCAUAAGAAAAACCAGAAAUCGAAGACUACGAACAGGUUCCUUGUUAGCAUCACUGUCUUAGGAAGUGCUGGUCCGAUUCGUUUUGUUGUCAAAGAAGAUGAAACUGUAGCCAAUGUCAUAGACUAUGCUCUAAAAUGCUAUGCUCGUGAAGGCAGGCUUCCACUUCUCGGAUCAGAUUCCAGCUUUUUCCUACUUUAUUGUCCUUACUCUGCCUCUGAAGCAUUCGAUCCAUGGGGGAAAAUCGGGUCAACCGGAUCAAGGAACUUUGUGUUGUCUAAGAAGUUAGAGACUCAAAAAAUUGAAGACUCUGUGAUGACAACAACAAUCCGGAAGACCUCUGGGAGAUGGAAGGCUUGGCUCAACAAGUCUCUUGGCCUUAUGGUUCCUUCUCAUUGAGAUGAUGCUUUGAAAGCUUUUUUCUUUUCGAUUUCUGGAGUUCUGUUUUGGUUUUGUUGUCAGUGGAAUAUGCAUCACAACAUUUUUGUUUCGGUUUUUGUUGUAGAUUGUCUCACAGUUAUAUGGAUUGAGAUUCGUUA